GAGGACUCGAGGGAGAAAGUGGCAGAUUUGAAUGCGUAGCGGCGCUCGAGGAAGAUAAAGUGAAAAAGAAUUUGGAGCGUUGCUGGAUUCUUCGUGGGAAAGGAGAGUGAAAUCUGGUGACAUGAGCUGGGUUGUGGAAGAGUGGAAAGAGGGUCUUUCCACCAGAGUCCUUCAGAAAAUUCAUGACCUUGAAAGUCAAGUUGAGAAAUUUAAAAAGGAACGUCAGCAAAGGCAAUUUCAGCUGGAAUCUCUGGAGGCAGCUUUGGAAAAACAGAAGCAGAAGGUUGAUAAGGAAAAAAAUGAAGGUACAACCUUGAAGAGAGAAAAUCAGAAUUUGAUGGAACUUUGUGAUAACCUAGAGAAAAACAGGCAGAAACUUUUUCAUGAACUUCAGAUGAAAGAAUCACAAAUUAACUUUCAAGAAGGACAGCUCAUUUCAAGCAAGAAACAGGUUGAAAAUCUAGAACAAGACCUUAAAAGAUACAAAUCUGAACUGGAAAAACAACCAAAGACGUUUGGCAGUGGAGAUACAUCUUUUGAAAAUACACCACAGAGAAGCAACACUGGUUCUCCAGCAACAAUCUACAAUGAUUCAAAAAUCCAAGAACGUCAAAGAAAAUCCUGCAAUGAAAUGGAAGAAAGAAAAGACCUGAAGGCAGAACCAAAGAGCGUGACAAGUCAAAAGAAAACUAAUGCCUUGCAUUCAGAAGGUAAUAUAACUCGCAGAGAAAUUGCUCGGCACCAAGCUUCCUCAUCUGUAUUCUCAUGGCAACAGGAGCAAACUCCAAGCCACCCUUUGUCCAGCCAUAGAGAAACUCCCCAUAGCGGUGGGUCAACCGAAUUAAAAUUUUGUUUGGAAUCUGCAGGAACUCCUAGUCCUAAUAUUAUAAAAUUAAGCAAGAAAGAUUUCAUCAAUUGCAAUGUCACCAACAGCAGCCAAGACUCUUCAAUCGCUGAGCAACUGAAAACUCAGAACCAAGAGCUAAGAUGCAGAAUUCAGGAACUAGAAAAUAAAAUACAAAUUCAGACACAAGACAUGAAAGCCAAGGUAAUGAAGCUUCAGGAUACUCAGCUGCAAAUGGAAAAGAUGCAGAUGGAAUUAACUGAAAAAGAGAAAACUCUGAACAAGGCUAGAAAUGAAAUAAUUAAAAUUAGUACACAACUGGAUCAAACGACUGAUCAGCUUACAGCAAAGGAGAAAAAGUUCAGAGGACUCUCAAAUGAGCUAAACUGUCAGAAGCAAAAUUUUGAAAGUGCGCAGUGUGUUUUACAACAGAAGAUUAAGGACAAGGACCAAGAGAUUUUCACAACAAAACAACAGUUUGAAAAAAAUGCCAGGGAUUGUGCACAGAAAUUAAGUCAACUUGAACAGGCUACACAAAUGAUGCAGUUGAAGGAAAAAGAAUUGAAAGAAAAUUAUGAGGAAACUAAGAAGCAAAAUAGCUUUCUCAACUGCCAGACUGCUGAACAACGGCAAGAAAUUUCUCAACUGAAAGAAGAACUCUGUAGCACUAAACUAUCCCUACAGCAGAGUCAGCAUUUUGCUGAAGACCUGAAAAAUAAAAAUUGCUCACUGGAAAAAGAAUUAAAAUUGCUUGAAGAAAAACUGAAUAAGCAAGAUAAUUCUGUCAGUUUAGAAAAAAUGAGACUUGCUGUUUCUAAUGUUGAACAUGAACGAGAUUCUCUCCAGCAAAUUCUGAAGGACAAAGAAAAUGUAAUUGAAGAGCUCAAUAAGAAACUGGAAAACACGGAAACUCUGCAGAAAACUACUUUAGAAUGUGAAGACCUUAAGAAAGAGAUUAUGAUUCUUUCUCAGUGGAAAGGAAAAAGCAAACAACUCUUGAAUGAACUAGAUUUAGAAAAAGAAGAAUUAAUGAGCAAAAUACGCAGUUUGGAAAAUACUUUAAAUGCUGAGCAACUUAAACAUCAGGUAGAGGAAAUUGCUCUCAAAGAUGAACAUGAACAAUUUAGUAAACAGCUAAACAUUUUUGAGCAGGUGGUAAAAGAAAAAACAACUGAACUAGAAGCACAAAGAAAAGCCUAUAGUGACCUCCAACAAAAAACAGCAAUUUCUGAGGAAAAACUACAGAAAGAGAGAGAAAAUAAUUCACUGAAAUUAUUUGAGUUCACCAGAGAAGUGGACACCUUGCAGAAAAGACUCAACUCUGAAGCAAAUGAAGUCUUAAAAAGGGGGGAAUGUAUUGUCUCCCUUGAAGCAUCCUUAGCUUCUUACAUGCAAGUAAAUGCAUUCCUUCAGAAACAGGUUGAAGAACUGGUCCAAACCAGACAUGAAAUGGAAAGAUUUGCUGAAAGAGAAGACCUAAGGCAACAAAUCCUCAUUCAGAAAAUGCAGCAGAAGAUCAGUGAAUUACAACAAACGGUUUUCCAAAAGGAAGGCCUGCUUUCCAAAGCAUUAGAAGCUCUUGAAGGAAAAAACAAGAAUCUACAAAAGUUGAUUGAGGAAUCAAAUAGGCAACAAACAGAGAUUCUGGAUUUAAAAGAGAGUAAUGUACUGCUUAAGGAUUUGGUCCAGCAACUAAAAGUUAUGGGCUCAAAGGAGCCAAAUGUACCUAUCAAAAUAUCCUCAGAACAAGGUGAAACCGAAGGACUUCAGAAUGAAAGUUCCAUGCUUGAGAAUACUGUCAAUAUUUUGGAAGAAAAAAACUUAAACAUGAAGCAAGGAGUCUCCAAAAGUUUCAAAGAAAAGAAGGAAAGCCUUUUGAAGUUAUCACGAGGAAAGCAAGAGGAGAGCUUGUUGCUGCCAGAAGCUGAUGAAAAAGUAGAAAGGAAAAGUACAAACGAAGAUUAUUUAGAAAGUGUUGCAAGGAAUCAGACUUGCAAUUUGAAGGUACAAAAAGCCAUAUUUGAUACACAAGAGAAACAGCUUAUGAACAAAUGUGAGCAAUUGCAGAAUAAGCCAAUGUCCUUGGAGAAGAAAAAGAAUACUUUACUUUGGCAACUUGAAAAUAGACACUCAAUAUCUGAAGAAACUAAUAGUUUAAGACAGGAGGAAACAGGAGAAAAUAACAGGCACUCUUCUGUAAAUAUCUUGCUGCAAACACUGGUCUCAGAAAUGAAAGUAAGUGACCAUGCAGUCCUUGACUUUGUUUUAAAUGAACCAGCAUUGGAACAGCUGAGGGUAUUUGUAGAAGAAAGAGAGAAUGAACUUAAGAAGUAUCAAGUGAAGCUUGAACUGCUUCAAAUGGACCUUGAGGACAGAGAAUUUAUUUUAGAAAAUUAUACUGCUCAGAUAAAGGACUUGGAGAUGAUAUUGAGAACUAUGGAGAUAAAAAUGGAAGAAAGUGAAAUGGAAAAAGAGAACUUGCUGCAUAAAUUACAAGCACUUAAAGAUUUGCAAAAUUCAGCCUUAAAGAUGACAGAGAGAAGUGAAGAUGACGAAUCACCAAUGUGUUUCAGUGCUGUUAUCAAGGACAAUUUUAACCUACAGAAAGAUGCCAAGUGUUCAUCAGUUCCUCAUGAUCUGAUGCCCAGCCAAAAUGAUUAUCUCCAAUUAGUAUCCUCCCUACACAUGACAAUGAGCAAGCUAAAUGAGUUGGAGAAAAUGUGUGAACACCUGCAGAAAGAAGACUCAACAUUAGCAUCACAGCUGAAAGACUCACAGUUGGAAUGCAUCAUAAACACAGAUAUUAUGAGAAAAGAAUUAAUAGAAAAAAUUGAUAGGCUGAAAGUAGAGACCAUUUCUGUUUCUGAUAAAUUAAGAGAGAAGAGUAAAAUGGAAUCUGAUAUGAAGGAAAUCCCCUUAAUAACUCCAGAAGGUUAUGAGGAAUUUGAUUACAAAUAUUUGAAAUUAAUUAACAAAGAAAUCAGAACACAGUUGACUGAAAUCAAGGAAAAGAUCUUUUCUUUGAAAAACAAGUAUGAAAUUUUAGAUAUUCAAAACCUGAAUAUGGCCUUUGAAUUGUCAGAGUUGGAAUCCUACAAUGGGAUGCUUAAAGAUAAAAAUAUUGCAUUGCCAAUAAAUCUCAGUAAAGCCAAGCUGGUUUCUUCUCCAGCCCAGAUGACAGACAAUAAAGAAUUUAAAGCAUAUGGACAUUCUUGUAUGGAGACUCUGUAUGAUAGCGAAGUCUUCCCCUGUACAAAACGAAUGUUUAUGGAGUCUGAUUUGGACAACGGUGUGUCAUCAACUGAAAUGGGACAACCACAUCAAAACAGACAAAUUGAUUUUGAAGGUAUUCCUGAACAGUUUAAUAUUGCUGAUGAGUUAUAUAGCAAUGAUGCCUGGACCUUCCCCACUAAACCGAUAACUAUCUCUAAAUAUUUUCAAUGUGAAUAUUGUGAAAAUUCCUUUAAGAUGCUUAAGGAAUCAUUUAGAUCUCAUAAGAUUCUGGAAAGUAAGGAAAUAGAAAAGAUUCAAGAGCUGCUCCUUUCUGCAAAGAAGGAAGUAGAUGGUCUACAAAAACGCAGUAUAUCUGGCAAUGAGUCCUGGCGACAAAAAGUUCAUAAAGUGAUCCUGCAAGUGGCAUCUGAACUUCCAGCUGAGAAGAAACUUCCUGAGCUGUUCCCUCAGAAACAAGGAGAGCUACAAAACCUUGAUUUAAGUUCUCAUCCAAUAAUUUGUGCUGAUGCUGGCCAACCAAUUUCUGCUAAUCCACCAACCUUAUGCUAUUUGAAAAUGGAUAGCUUUCUUGGGGAAAGCCUUGGACUUAAAGCUAUAAAUGAUCAAGCAGUAAAAACCUAUGAAGCAAACAGAAGACAAAAAAGUUCUGCAUAUGUAGCAGAUAUAACAACUAGAGAAAAAUACCUUCCACAUCUCCAAGCAAAUUACCGAUUCAUACAUUUUCCAAGAUGUCCUCUUGAAUCAUCAUGUUUUCCUUCAAAUCUCAGCACACACACAAGGUUGGUAAACUCCACAGAAAACCAGAAGGCCAUUGAAAUGCAUUGGUUAUCAAUAAAGAAAGCUGAUGAUGAUAACAAUUCUAAGCUUUCGCGUGAGGAAAGCAAUAAAAUAAUUAACAUGGCAGUUCAGUAUCUGCAUUCAGAUUUGAAUUCAAAGAAUAUAGAGUUGACUGAAAAGGAGGAAGCUUGUGGAGCUGUGGUUCUUGAACAAGAAAAGGAAGACUUGAGUGAGGUGCUCCAAACUGUAACUUUUGAUACACCGCAAUUAUAUUUUAAUCUUAUGAUUUUUGAGCUAGAACUUAAUAAGGUUAAAUCUGAACGAGAAAUGUACAAAAGCAGAUUUCCUGAUACAACACAUACUUUAAAAGAAUUGCAAAUGAUCAAAGCAGACAAUAAUGAAAAGCUUUUUGAAGCUGAAACUGAACUGAGCAGGGUAAAAUCUGAGAAAACAAAUUGUGAAGCUUACACUUUGUCCAUGGAGACAGAUACUGAAAAGCUUCUAUCAAAAAGCAAGCGGUUGGAGCAAGAAAAACAAAACAUAAAAAAUAUUUUUGGCCUUCAGGAGCAGCUAAAGAUUAUCCCUGCAGAGAGAAACCAGUCCCGUCAGGAUCUGACUACUUUGUUAAGGUAUAAAGAAGCAUUGGAUCAGGUGUGCAACAAAAUGAAGAAUAUAAAAAAGCUUGACUCAAAUCAAAUGGAUUCUAUUGAAUUUAUCAAAGUAUUGGAAGCUGAAGAUAAAACCCAAGCAAAAUUGCUUCCAGCUGUUAAGGCUGCAGAGGAUCAAUUAUCAUUUGAAAAUGUUUACUCUAUGGUGCAGUUCCAGAAUCUGGACAGAGUUAUGAGGGAUCUCAUAUUGGAAAAAAAGGCAGCAGAAAUUCAAAUCAAAUAUGUGACUGAGGCAAGAGAAGUGAGCCUUAGAAAAUAUGAAAUCUUACACAGCAAGCUAAACAUAUCUGAAGCCAAAAAUGCCAAGAUAUCCAAGUCCUUGGAAAGUUCGCUAGCAGAAAAACGGGAACUUGCAGCACGGCUAAAUUCUGCACAGGAAGAAGCAAAUCAUUUGCGACAGGGCAUUGAGAAACUGAAAAUAAAAAUAGAAUCUGAUGAAAGGAGCAGGCAUCAUCUGGCUGAAAAGUUGAAAGAAAGCAAUCGAAAAGCUGACACUCUCGCAGACAAAAUUGAGUAUCUGGAAAGAGAAUUAUAUAUGUCAGAGGAGAAUUUGGAAGAUGUAAUUCUUAGAAUGGAGACAGCUAAAGCAGAGACUGAAAUAAUGAAGGCUAAGAUAGAAAGGAUGUGUGUGAGCCAACAACAGUUAGAAGAUGAAGCCAAAGUCUUUAGGUCAGAGAAAGAGACACUAGAGAAAAACUUGAAAGAAGAACAAGGCAAAGUAACUAGUUUAGAAGUUACUAAUUUUACAUUAGUAAAUCAACUGAAAGAGAAUGAAAAAGAGAAGGCUCAAAUUAGAGGUGAAUGUGAAAAUGCACUAAGUUUAAUGGAAUCACAGCUAAAAAAGUUCUGUGAAGAAAAUAAACUCUUUUAUAGUGAGAAAGAAACUUUAAAGUCCAAAGAACAGGGUCUCAUUUGUGAAAUUACUUCCCUCAAACAUGACAAUAUGCAGUUGGUUGGUUAUCUGGAAGAAGCACAGUCCAGUAGCUCUAAAAUACAGCAGUCGAUGGGAGCUUUCAUUCAGGAAUUACAAAGCUUUAAGCAAACACUGAAUGAAAAUGUUUCUGUUUUUGAGCCGUUAGUCAAAAAUGAAUCUUUGCAAGCUAUCCAAGAUGACCUACAGAUGUCUUUCAAACAUAUCAAAGCAAGUCUAGAAGUCACACCAUGUGAAAAAAAUAUCUUCUUUGAAAAGACAAACAGCCUAAAACAAAUGCUUCAACUCCAAGAAGAGUAUGAUUCUUUCUGUCAUUCAAUUCAAUUGUAUUUGGACGCCUAUAAAAUGCUAAAGCAGGAAAAAGCGGUAAUGGAGAAGCAAAUUCAUGAACUUGAAUCUCAGAUGAAGAGGAUAGCUCCACAUUUUCAGGGGGAUGUUGGUGCAGAAGAAAUCAGGUUGGAGCUGGAAGAAUUGAAAGAAUCAGUUGAGGAGAAAACCAAAGAGGCAAAUCACAACUUGGAAAAAUAUUGUGUACUGGUAAUCAAGCAUGAUAAGUUAGAAGAAGAAAAUGAGAUGCUAAAGACACAGGUCUCCCUUUUAAACACUCGUCUCAAGCAGUUAUUAAAUGACACCAGUUCCUCUCUCCAAAGUUCUCAAAACCCAGCGGAAAUCAAAAGGCUUCUUGCAGAAAGAGCAGAUGUGCCUAAGAUCAUUAAGAAGGGAGAAAGGUGUGAAGAAAACAGAAUCAAUGAAUACGGUUGUCCUUGCAUUUCUCAUCAAGCAUCCAUAGAGCCAAGAAUGGAUCCCUGUCUUUUCAGUCCUAGCUUGAAAUCACCAACAUCUAUUGAUAACUCACAAAUAACAGAGAUGAUGAAGACAGAGAAUCUUAAAACAACAGCAGAGGGCAGCAGACUACAAAAGAUGAACCAUGAUCAAGUUGAUAGUUCGGGUGAGGGUUUUAUUCCCAGAUCCCCCCUUUCCAUCUCCAACCUGUCAUCUCAAGUGAUUGCUGAACGAUCUGCCAACCAUCUUGAUAUAAGAUACUUUCCAAGUACAGAAGAAAAUGAUUUGGACAAAGCCUGCCAUGUACAAUGAAUCAGGACUGGGUUGAUUUUAGACUUGAAAUCCCAGCAGCAAAGAAUGAUUCAGAAUGCUAAAAAUUGUCCUCAUAAGCUUAAAUCCAUAUCCUAUGCAAUGGGAGAAUCCUAUAUGACUGAUGUCUCAACAUGUGUUUUACAUCGUGGUAACCAAACUCACAGGGUUGUGGGGAAAAAAAGAUGAGGAGCAUUAUGUCACCUUGAGUUGACCAAAAAUACAAAGUGGGAUAAAAACCCUAAUAAAUUAUCAAACCUGUUUAAACAGACUCACUUAAAAACUGGUUUAACCUGUAGCUCACAUUCUUGUACUUUAGAAAGACAUGUCAAUUAUUGUAGGGUUUUUUUUUUCUCAUUCCGUUUCUUUAUUUUAGGCUUUGCAUUGUUUUACUAUUUAGUUUGGGGCAUUUUAUUUGAAUGGUAUUUGCAGGAUUAGUUUUUUCUGUUUGUAUUCAAGAAAAUAAAAGUGUUAACAGAAGGUUAUAAAUAACUAGGGAGAUAAGAGAACAAACAAAUAAUAGCUUGCUGCUUAUAGAGCCCGAAUAAAUGUCAUCCCACUACUCCCCACCAGGCAAACAACCUUUAAAACCAAGCAGUUCUCACUCUCCAAGCCUAUGUAGUAAAUCAUAUUUGAAACAGGAGUUUAUGUAUCUUUUUAUUAUCAUCUAAAGUGGACCUGUCGGAAAAACCAAGUUGAGACAGAUCAACCAAAAUCCAAAUAGAGGUACAAGUCAAUACCAGUAUGAUAGCACAUCACCAUCAGUCAAAGCAGUAUUUAAAUGUAGACAUUUAAGAAAAAUAAACACAAAUCCUAUGAGAAAGUUGCAAACACCUUCUUUGAAUCUUAUCCCAUCCCAGAUGAGCCAGUUAGAAACAUGGCAAUAACCAAGCUGUGAUAUACUCUAUGCAGUUCAGGAUAUUGCCACAUGGGGUUGCCAUAUUACAGACCCAACAUCAAAUAAAAUCUUAUCUUUAAUUGCUCUAAAUGUAAAGCUUGGUUAUUUGGAUUAAUUUACAGUGAUUCUAGAUCUGGGAUGGAGAAACCCAGAUAACCAUUAACUGGCAGAAAACAGAAACCUGACUCCUGGUUGCUAUCUGAUAUCUGGAUGUUUGCUGCCUGGAUCUAACUAGUCCUAUCUUUGCAGAUAUGCAGAUAUUAUUGAACUAGUACAUUUGCUACUGGUAGCAGAAGUCAUUAGAAAACAUAAUAAAUUGCUUCAGUGAGCAAAUGCUAGGAAUCGCUAGGGGAUUUUUUUAAAAAAAUCCAAGUGUAACUUCUGAAGCUUAUUUCUGGCUUGUCAGUAACAAGAUGCUGAGAAUUCAGAUCCACAGUUUGUUUGCUUCUCCUUGUACCUUGCAGUACAAUUGCAUUCAAUGGCUAAAACUCCAGUGGAGUUUCUACAUUAAUAAAUAUACACGUUGCUGAAUAUUUUGCUUUCAGUUAUGCAUAGAUUUCUGCAUAAAGGAAGUAAAAUACUGUAAGGGAAAUGUCACAAGAGUGACAUCUUCUGGCAGAUUUUAUAAAUCACAGAUCAGAUGAUAUUUGAACAAGGAGAAGCAAGAAACUUGUAGGAAACUUCAGAAUUGUUUGUUGUCCUGUUCUUAUAAUGUUUAUGCAAGAUGUUACAAAUGUUUUAACUGUUGACCAAUUCUAUCAUCUUAACCAUCCUCUCUACACUUGCUGAAACUUCUGUCAUGCAUAUUGAAUUUUUUAUAAGAAUUUAUUCUAGUGUAGGGGUGUCAAACUCGAUUUCAUUGAGGGUUGCAUCAGGGUUAUGUUUGACCUCAGGGGGGUGGGGCAGUUUUGCUUUUAGUUUGUUUUGCUAGCCCUCUGCCAGCGCAAACAGAGCUCUGCAGGGGCACACGCUGCCCCCCUGGGCUUUUGUUUCAGCCACAAUGGCCUCCUGCAGCCCUCUACCAGCGAAAACGGAGCAUGUAACUCCCCCCUGAGCUCCAUUUUCACUGGCAGAGAGCUGCAGGAGGCUGUCAUGGCUGAAAACGGAGCCUGGGAGGGCCGCAUCCAACCCUCCCGAGCUCCAUUUUCACUGGCAGAGGCACCACAGACUGGUCCUUCACUGUUUCCAGGGUGGCCCCACAGGCCAGAUCUAAACACCCCAUGGGCCAGAUCUGGCCCGCAGGCCUUGAGUUUGAACCCCCUGCCCUAGUGCAAGUAUAUACCCAUGAAUGUACCUAUAUUUGAAUGUUGGGACAAAUUAAUAACCUGGAAUAUGGAAUUAUAUUCUAUAAUCUCUUAGGUCUCAAAAAGAAAUUCUUCCAUUUUUAUGCACUUUCAAAAUCUUUUGGGGAAAUCUAUGGCGGGGUGGUGCUCCACAAGCAUAAAAGUGCCUCUUGAUUGGAGGCUAUUUAAAGAAUAUGAAAAGUGGAGUAAGAUUAAAUUUGGCCAGACCCGAGACAUCUGUAAAAAUGUUCAUUUUAUAACAGGGAGACAAACCUGAUUAUGUUACGGUACCAAACUUAAGAUUUUCUUAACCUGUGUUAAAUGUUUAUAAUUGUAAAAUGUAUUACUGUUUAUGCUGCUCUGGCAUUGUUUCUGGAGUUUGUGUAUGAUGCUUAAUAUCUUUUUAGACUGAACAGGUAUACAAGUGAAUAAAUAUUGCAAUAAAUAAAUAAUACUUUCUAACAUUAA